AUGGCUGUUAUUCAGCAUGCGAGGAUUAGGAAGUGGCAGGGUCAAUAUACUGUUCAGAGUGAUAAGUUUGGAAGUCGUCUAUUUCUCAACCAAGAAAUUGAUGAGUUUAAUGAACUUCGCAAGAGUCUUUUAGUGAAACAAUUUGAAGCUGGUGCUUCUUCUUCUCAAACCAGUCUUUCAUCUCAGAGUGUAUUUCCAGUCCGUCAAGAAUUUCUAAUUGAGACUCCUAAGAGACAUGUUGAUGAAAUUAUUGAGAUUGAUAGUGGAAUGUCAUGUGUGGUAGUUGCAACGAUCAAAAUUGUUCAACAAAACUAUGGAUGGUUCAAAGUACAUCUGAGAGUGCAAGAUGAAACUGGCAGCGUUUCUUUUGUGAUGUUUGAUAAAGAUGUAAUGAAGCUUAUUGGUUCAACUGCGAAUGAUAUAAGGGAACGCCAAGUGAAGCUCGAUGAUACUGAAACUUUUCCCCAUGAAAUAUCACGGUUGGUUGAAAAGAAGUUGGCGUUUAAAAUUGAAGUUUCUUAUUACAACCUUAACCAUGACUACCACGUCUACACUAUCCAAAAAGUAUGUGAUGAUCCGGACAUAAUUGCUGAAUUGGUUGGUGGUAAUGGAAAUGCUCUUGAGGUUGCUGAUGAGGUGUUUAGUCAAGAAGGUUCAGAAAUUAAAACUGUUCAAUUAUCUGAAUCCUCACAGAUGGCCGGUGCUGAUAUUUCAAAGGAUGUUGUAUAUGUUAUGGCCGACUCUUCCGUUGUCGAAGCCGAGAAGGAUUCGGCCACCAGUCCUAAUGGUAAACGUUCAUUGCAGGAUGUGGAAGGUCAAAAUGUUGGGGAACUCUCUUCUAACAACAAAAGGAGCCGGAGGAAGCCAUCUAGGCUUAACACUUAG